AUGGAGCAUAACAGGUUUGGAUCUGAGACCAACAAUCCACAUCCUCUUUACGCUCUCCUCAAAUUUAGCAACAGGUCAGAUAGAUCAAAGCGUCCCCUAAGUAGCCAAUGUAUGGGCAAACUGAAGGAUACUCACUCAACCCACUGGCUCCACCGAUCCAAGGAGCAGCUUGAGGUCUGUAUCGGUCUCAAACACUGGAAAGGGAGACAGCCCGACAAGGGUUUUUGCGGCCCAGGCAAGGAGCAAAAGCGAGCAGGAGAACCCGACAUCUCGUCUGACACUCUGUCUCCGCUUCGAAAGCCAAUAACUUGUCCCUUCCCUCCUCAUUCUCCUCUUCAGUUCUGCUUAUUUGCUCGUCGCUUUACCUACUUCUCUUCAAACCAAGUUCAACGGGAACCGCGGCACCUUUCUGGAGGCUUUUACAACUCUCUUUUAACAACCUCGGUCCUAUGCAUGAGCAUUCAGCAGAAGAAUAUUCCGUGGAACCAGGUUGUGGUGGAGCCAAUGGACCGUUCCUUGAUCUCAAGCCUUCUCCCACAGGCAUUCCUUCAUGGCCCUCUCAGCUCUAAGUAUCAUGUGCGACGCCCUGGCCCGUCCGCCGCUUUCAUGAGGAAUACCGACGGUAAAAAGAUGAUCGGUACGAAGUUCCGAAUGAUGGCCGUCGAAAUCGAAACCGAGAUGGAGGAGACACGGGAAGGCGCCGCCUCAUCUCAUGGAAAUGAUGUGUUCGAGACGGCGACUGACCCCCGAACGUUCCUUGCAAUUCUCUACUUGACGCUCAUGGCUCAUCACGUUGAACUGUUGAUCGGUGUGCUAUGCUACACUAGCUGGCCAAGAUUAGGAACUCUUCGCGAUAGGUCAGAGAUCGACACUGGAAUGGAAUAA